AUGUUCGUCCGCACGCUCCGGACCUCCCGCGCCAUCCGCGCUCCCGUGCGCUUCGUCUCCACGAAGACGACCUCGAACCAAGUCCCCGCCAACGACCCGGUCGAGCGCACCGCGAAGCCCAACGUCUCUGAGACCAACGUCACACCUACAAGCUCCGAGGGCUCGUUCGACAAAGCACUCCAGGAAGAUGUGGCAGAUGCGGAGGCUAUGAGGAAAACACAGGCGCCGAACUUCAAGGGCAUCUGGAGUCGGAGCCAGCAGCCAAGGGAGAUCGCGAUGAGUGGACCCAGGUUUGAACAGAGCAUUAUCGCGGAUCAGCCACGACCGUACGCCGCCAUCGAGCUCAUCCACAAGCAGCCCGUUCGCUGGACUCACGAGCGCACUGUUUCUUGCGAUGGAGGAGGUGGUCCUCUCGGACACCCGAGGAUCUUCAUCAACGUGGACAAGCCCCAGAUUUGCUGGUGCACAUACUGCGCAGAGGAGCUAGGCUACCCGCUUGAGCCCACGGGCAACGCAGCAGAGGUCAACGAGACACAGAAAGUCACAGAUGAGCCGCUUGCUCAGCGAUAG